UGUUAUUCUUUGGUGUUUAUAGAAAUGGGUUUGAUGGAGAUAUCAAUGCUGCAUCAUGUGGGAAUAGUUUUGAUGUUCCUUUGGAUGCUUUCGUACUUCAAUCUUUGCCAUCCAGUUACUUAUUUUGUGUCUCUCAUUUAUCUCUACUUGGUUCAUGAAAGGUAUGUUAUGAGAUUGAAGAGGAAAUUGCAGUUUGAGGAAAAAAGGCAAUCUUCUAGGAGAAGGGUACUUUCUGAUUCUGAAUCAGUUCGGUGGUUAAACCAUGCUGUUGAAAAGAUAUGGCCUAUUUGUAUGGAACAGAUUGCAUCACAGAAGAUUCUGCUUCCUAUCAUACCUUGGUUCUUGGAGAAGUACAAACCGUGGACUGCUAGAAAAGCCAUGGUGCAACACUUAUAUUUGGGAAGAAAUCCACCUUUGUUCACAGAGAUGAGGGUUCUUCGUGAAUGCUAUGAUGACCACUUGGUACUGGAGUUGGGAAUGAAUUUUCUUACAGCAGAUGACAUGAGUGCAAUACUUGCUGUGAAACUAAGGAAAAGACUAGGAUUUGGAAUGUGGGCAAAGUUGCAUAUAACAGGCAUGCAUGUUGAAGGAAAGGUUUUGAUUGGGGUGAAGUUUCUCCGGCAGUGGCCUUUCCUUGGCCGUCUACGAGUAUGCUUUGCUGAGCCUCCAUAUUUCCAGAUGACUGUGAAACCCAUCUUUACACAUGGACUUGAUGUUACUGAACUUCCAGGGAUCGCCGGAUGGCUUGAUAAGCUCCUCUCGAUUGCAUUUGAGCAGACCCUUGUUGAGCCCAAUAUGCUGGUUGUUGAUGUUGAGAAGUUUGCUUCACCCCAGCCAGAAAACUGGUUUUCUGUUGAUGAGAAGCAGCCUCUUGCUCAUGCCAAGGUUGAAGUUAUUGAAGGAUCUGAUAUGAAACCUUCAGAUUUCAAUGGGUUGGCUGAUCCAUAUGUGAAGGGGCAACUUGGCCAUUUUAGAUUCAGGACAAAGACACACAAGAAAACUUUGUCUCCAAAAUGGCAUGAGGAAUUUAUGAUCCCUGUCUGCACGUGGGAGACACCAAAUGUACUAAUGAUUGAAGUUCGUGACAAAGACCAUUUUGUUGAUGAUACCCUUGGUAAAUGCACAGUAGAUAUUAGUGAUUAUAGGGGUGGCCAGAGACAUGACAUGUGGUUGCCUCUUCAAAAUAUUAAAAUGGGAAGACUGCAUCUUGCAAUAACAGUGCUUGAAGAUAAUAGUAAGGGGAGAGACGAUGCAGUUGAUGGUGAAUUAUUAAACAAGGAAGAUAUACAGAACUCCUUUGCAACUAACACUGCUGAUAAAGGUCCAUUCUCGCCUUCAUCUUCAAAGAAAUCUCCAAACCUGCCAGAUCAUUUUGAACCUAUAAAUGUUGAAGGACAAGAAGAAACUGGGAUAUGGGUGCAUCAUCCAGGAAGUGAAGUGUCACAGACUUGGGAACCCAGAAAAGGGAAGGCUAGAAGCCUUGAGACACGGAUUCAUAGAGUGCCUAAUGAUUCUUUUGGGAGUACCCUUUCAACAGCAUCUGGAUCCCCUAAAAGUGACCGUAGUAGUGCUGAUGAAAAUCCAGAAGCAAAGGAUCGAGUGAACAGAGUUAAGUGGGGUUUUCAAAAGAUCAGUUCUGUAUUUCAGAGGAGUCCCAAAAGUGAGGGUCACUCAGGCAGCCUUGGAGAGGUGGUUCAAUCUCCCCAUGUGAACCUCAGAGCAGUUAAUGACGAGGAGGUUUUGGUGAAGUUGGUAGUAGAUGACAAUCUUUCAGUGCCUUCUUCUGACAAGGUCUCAAAUGAGGGAAGCUUGAGUCCUGUGGGAAGUGGUCCUGAAAGCCCAAGCAGAAUGAAGGGUAUGGCAAAGAGUAUUUUAAAACAUGCUGGGAAAUCUGCUCGUAGCAUUAAACAUGUUCUUUCCCGUAAAGGGUCAAAAAAGUCCCGGGAUCUAUCAGCUGUCAAAGAGCAAGAGCUUUUAAUAGAAUCUGACUCCUCUGAUGAUGAAUCAUCGUCUUCCCCUGGAGUCAAGAGGAUAUCAGGUGUUUCCAAUCCCGUGUCCAGUUCCAGUGGUAUUGAUGAUACUCAUGAUACUCAGGAACAUGCCAUUCUAACAGAUUCAAACAACCAAGUAGACCCUGCAAUAAAUGUUGAGGAACAAGGAGAAAAAAUGAGUGUUAAAGGCCCAAAUGAUAUAGAUGAUGAUGAGGUGAGCAGUCCCAGUAAGAUCAGAGAUGGACUGGUUGAGUCUCCAAAACGUGAGAAAAAGGUAGAAAACUCUUCUAACAAUGAGGAAGAUUAGGUUUGCUGAGGUCUGUGCAUUUAUUGAAUUUUUGGGUUUUUUUUUUUACAUCCAUGGAUAAAUAAAUAUAGACACAAGUUUUGAAACAGUGAUACAGCAAUAGGAGUUACAUGAAUAGCAUACCUAUAGAUGGACCCCCCUUGUAAAUCUUCCUGUUUUUCUCCCCUUUGUUAUACAAUCUGUAAUUUAUGUAAAAUUUGAAAAUGAAAUAGUUUGUACAUGCUAAUAAACUACUCUUGAGUGGAAAAUAUAAUGCCCCUAUUCCAUUUU